AUGUGGGUUAACGAUUCCGUGCAGCCAUUGGACGAGUUUUUGCACGGGAAGGUGAGAGAUUCUAGAACCUUCUCGAGAGCCCUGCAACGAAUGACUCCAGUCACACGGCGGCAGAUUGAGCAUUUGUUGGGUUGGCAGCAUAUAGCGCAAUCCAGCACGUCCGUGUCCGUCAGAUUUGCCGCCAAUUGGCCCCUCCGACUCGAGCCCUCGCCGCCCGAUUCAUUACAAUCCCGGGUCGGAUCCGAUCCACCGUCGGAUGGCGAACUCGAUGACUUUGUUUCGCUGUCUGAUUCCGACGAGGAGGAAAUAGAUACUGUCGUCGGAAUCUUUGUCUCAGAGGCCGCGGCGGUCUUGGACGUAGUUGCGGAGGUGUCGAUCGGCCUCUCAGAGGACUUGGAAUUUAGACAGACUUGUCUCUUUUUCUUGGCCUUCGCGGCGACGGUUUUACGAGGCAAGGUAAAAUGGUCGCCUCUGAACGCUCUUGUUGGUGGCGCAGCGCAGGGUUUCCUAAAUUUGCGAAUGGGUCCUUCAAAUUGGAUGGACCUUUGCUUUUAG